ACCUUAUUCCCAACACACACCUCUUUCUCCUUCUCCCCAAUUCUCAAACCUCACCUAGUAUUUUCGUUUCUGAACCCAAUUAAUUAAGCACACAAGGACCAUAACAUACCUAUACCUCAAUAUCACAAGUCUUAUGGAGGCAGAGCGAGACAAGUACAAGAUGAUCAACUUUGAAGAAACCGAGUUACGACUCGGCCUGCCACUCAGUGGAAACGAGACGCUCAAAAACACUUGCAGCACUGGGAAGAGGGUUUUUUCGGAUACUGCCGUGGAUUUGAAGCUUAACCUUUCCUCAACCUCAAAUAGUGCUUCUUCUGACCUGGCUAAAGAGAAGAACAUCACUGCUGCUGCACCUCCUGCUAACGACCCAGCAAAGCCACCUGCAAAGGCACAAGUGGUGGGGUGGCCACCAGUGAGGUCUUUCAGAAAGAACAUUGUUCAAAGGAGUAACAACAAUGAGGGCGAAAAAGCCGCCACAAGUAGUAGCAACAAUGUGAACACGGGAGCAGCUUUCGUGAAGGUGAGCAUGGAUGGUGCUCCUUAUUUACGCAAGGUGGAUUUGAAGUUGUACAAGAGCUACCAAGAGUUGUUGGAUGCGCUGGCUAAAAUGUUCAGUUCAUUCACCAUUGACAAGUGUGGAUCCCAAGGCAUGAAAGACUUCAUGAACGAGAGCAAAUUGAUUGAUCUUCUCAACGGCUCUGAUUACGUACCAACCUAUGAAGACAAAGAUGCUGACUGGAUGCUCGUUGGUGACGUACCGUGGGAAAUGUUCGUGGAAUCAUGCAAGCGCCUGCGUAUAAUGAAAGGAUCUGAGGCAAUCGGGCUAGCACCAAGAGCAGUGGAAAAGUGCAAGAACAGAAGCUAGAGUCAAAUUUGUAAAUUCCACUUUCGACAACAAUCUGCUCUAUCUGUUGCUCUUGGGCGUCCACGGAAAGCAUUAAUGCUAAUUUCUCGAGCAAGGGGUAGUCUAAUAUAGGAGCCAAGUUGUUACGUAAUGUGUCGGUACCAUUUCUUAGAAAUAAUUUUCUUGUAUAUGUAUUGUGUAUUUUAUAUAUGUGAGAAAAUAUAUAAUUUGGAAAUUAGGGACAAGAAAUAAUGAAGUAUGUUUUAUAUAUGUGAGCCCGUUUUUGUUUCUAAGUACAAAACGUUACGUUGUC